AUGCGAGCGCUCAACAGCACUUUCGGAAUCCAACACGUCCGCACCUCCCCGUACUAUCCGCAGGCAAACGGGCUGGUUGAACGAUUCCAUCGAACGCUCAAGUCGGCUCUCGCCGCACAAGAAUCCUCGAAUUGGACACAACACCUGCCCAUAGUACUCCUCGCACUUCGGAACACUAUUAAAGCAGACGUCGGCGUUACUCCGGCCGAGUUAGUGUAUGGAACGUCUCUCCGACUUCCAGGCGAAUUGUUCCACGCGGCGCCUCAAGAAGUCAGUCCGCCGGAUUUAGUCACGACUUUAAAAUCGUCCAUGGCUAAACUGCGACCGGCACCCGGGACGAACCACGACCCGUCCAGACGCAUAUUCGUUCCGACGCAACUCGACACCGUGAGUCGUGUUUUCGUGCGGGUCGACGCACAACACGCUCCACUUCACCCGCGCUAG